AUGCCUCGGUACCUUUUCCGCCUUACUUUCUACAACGCCCAUCCUCGCCUCGGUUUCCUGCACCCGCUCGCAUCGCAACCUUUACCUUCCAACCUUCCGCUCUCCUCUUCCAUCAUGGCCUACCGCCCCAACUACCAAGGCGGCGGCCGCAGGGGCGCCUCCUCAUCCGCUGGUCGUGGAGGCGGCCGCCGUGGAGGUGGUGGAGGACGUGGUGGUCGCGGCGAGCAAAGGUGGUGGGACCCCGUCUGGCGCGCCGAGCGCCUCAGACAACAACAAGCUGAGAAGGAAGUGUUAGAUGAGAAUGAAUGGCGGGAUAAGAUAGUGAAGAUGAAACGAGGAGGGGAGCAAGAGAUGGUGAUUAAGCAAAGCCAUGAUUAUAGUAAGGGGAAGAUUCUUGUUGUUAGCAAAGUUCCAUUGCCUGAUUAUCGUGCAGAUCUUGAUGAGCGUCAUGGAUCAACACAGAAGGAGAUUAGAAUGUCCACUGACAUUGAGAGGAAAGUAGGAAAUAUUUUGAAUAGCUCACAUUCAAUGGGGGAAGCACAGUCUAGUUUGCCUUCUGUGUCAGCUGACCUUGCACAUAAACAAUCUGUAACCACUAUAAAAUCUGUUUCUUCACAACUGACUGAUUCUUCUAAGGAGAAACUUAGUGUUGCGCUCAAGGAAAGGCAGGAAAUUGUACAGGCAAGUGAUAGCUUGAAGGAAAUGAAAUCAUUUAGGGAGAAGCUUCCUGCAUUUAAAAUGAAGUCUGAGUUUCUAAAAGCAGCUCAAGAAAAUCAGGUAUUAGUAGUUUCAGGAGAGACAGGUUGUGGUAAAACAACACAGUUGCCACAAUUCAUUUUGGAAGAAGAAAUAUCAUGUUUACGUGGAGCUGAUUGCAACAUAAUUUGCACUCAGCCUCGACGAGUAUCUGCAAUUUCUGUUGCGGCACGAAUAUCUUCUGAAAGAGGUGAGAGUAUUGGAGAAACAAUUGGAUAUCAAAUCCGUCUUGAAUCAAAACGUUCUUCAGACACACGCCUUCUUUUCUGCACCACUGGUGUUUUACUUCGGCAGUUGGUGCAAGACCCAGACUUGAAAGGUGUUAGUCAUUUGCUGGUGGAUGAAAUUCAUGAAAGAGGCAUGAAUGAAGACUUCUUAAUUAUAAUUUUACGUGACCUUCUUCCACGACGUCCAGAUUUGCGUCUCAUUUUGAUGAGUGCCACUAUUAAUGCUGAUUUGUUCUCUAAAUACUUUGCAAAUGCUCCAACAAAACACAUACCGGGACUUACUUACCCUGUGGAAGAGUACUUCUUAGAAGAUGUGUUGGAGAAAACCCGAUACAGCAUUAAGUCAGAUUUUGACAAUUAUGAGGGGAACUCAAAGAGGAGAAGGAAACAACAGGAUUCGAAGAAGGAUCCCUUGACUGAAAUGUUUGAGGAUAUUGAUAUAGAUUCUAAUUACAAAAGUUACAGCUUGGGUGUUAGAAAAUCUCUUGAAGCUUGGUCAGGUUUGCAGAUGGAUUUGGGUUUGGUAGAGGCAGUAAUUGAAUAUAUAUGUCGGAAUGAAGGUAGCGGAGCAAUUCUUGUAUUUCUCACCGGCUGGGACGAAAUCUCUAAGCUACAUGACAAACUUAAAGGAAAUAACUUGCUUGGAGAUCCUCACAAGUUUUUAAUCCUUCCUUUACAUGGCUCAAUGCCUACUGUCAACCAAUGUGAAAUAUUUGAUCGUCCUCCUCCAAACAAGAGAAAGAUUGUUCUAGCAACAAAUAUUGCUGAGAGUAGCAUCACCAUAGAUGACGUUGUAUAUGUAAUAGACUGUGGCAAAGCAAAGGAGACCAGCUAUGAUGCUCUAAAUAAGCUUGCCUGCUUGUUGCCAUCAUGGAUUUCAAAGGCUUCAGCUCAUCAGAGACGAGGUCGUGCUGGUCGAGUGCAACCUGGAGUUUGUUAUAGGCUGUAUCCAAAACUGAUCCAUGAUGCUAUGAGUCAGUACCAGUUAGCUGAAAUCCUCCGAACACCUUUGCAAGAGUUGUGUCUUCAUAUUAAAAGUUUGCAGCUUGGAACUGUGGGAUCAUUUUUAGAAAAGGCCCUUCAACCACCAGAUCCUUUAGCUGUUAAGAAUGCUAUUGAACUUCUUAAAACAAUUGGGGCAUUAGAUGAACAUGAGGAGCUCACUCCACUUGGUCAGCAUCUUAGUAACAUACCUUUGGACCCAAAUAUAGGAAAGAUGCUUCUCAUGGGUUCUAUAUUUCAGUGCCUUAAUCCUGCCUUAACUAUUGCUGCUGCUCUUGCUUACCGCAACCCGUUUGUCUUACCCAUAAACAGAAAAGAGGAAGCUGAUGCAGCAAAACAAUCUUUUGCUGGUGAUUCAUGCAGUGAUCACAUAGCCCUUCUCAAAGCUUUUGAAGGAUGGAAGGAGGCAAAGCGAAGAGGUUAUGAAAAACAGUUUUGUUGGGAUAAUUUCCUAUCCCCUGUAACCUUGCGGUUGAUUGAUGAUAUGAGGAUGCAGUUUCUCAAUUUAUUAUCUGACAUUGGAUUUGUUGACAAGUUCAGGGGUGCUAAUGCUUACAACCAGUACAGUCAUGAUUUGGAGAUGGUUUGUGCAAUUCUUUGUGCCGGGCUCUAUCCUAAUGUUGUGCAGUGCAAAAGAAGAGGAAAAAGGACAGCAUUCUACACUAAAGAAGUAGGGAAGGUUGACAUCCAUCCUGCUUCUGUUAAUGCUGGGGUUCAUCUCUUUCCUCUGCCCUACAUUGUGUACAGUGAAAAGGUGAAAACAACCAGCAUCUACAUUAGAGACUCUACCAAUAUUUCAGAUUAUGCCCUACUUCUAUUUGGUGGUAAUCUAGUCCCUAACAAAAGUGGUGAGGGCAUUGACAUGCUUGGAGGUUACCUUCAUUUCUCUGCUUCAAAAAGUGUUAUCGAGUUAAUAAGGAAAUUACGUGGGGAACUUGACAAGCUUCUGAACAGAAAAAUUGAAGAUCCUGCAUUUGACGUUUCUUCUGAAGGAAAGAGUGUGGUUGCCGCUGCUGUUGAGUUACUGCACAAGGUCGGCGACGAGCGCGGAACCCAUAAAACCAAAACCAAAUCUGCAUCGUUCCACUCUGGAGAGAGGCACUAA